AUGGGGUUGAGGAUCCAAAAUGCAGUUGAUUUCCCACUAAGCCGUUUUAGCCAAGGAGGCAGCUAUAGCCUUCUUCUUCUUCUGGGCAAAUACUCAUUCUUCUUCUUCUUCUUCUUCUUCUUGUUUGAGACCAGAGAUCACAUUUCACCACUACUGCCUAUUACUAGUACCCAAAUGAAGAUCUUCAAUUGGGUGCACCGUCGCUUUAUUCCUAGAGAUGGAUUGGGUCAGAACCAUGUGAAAAAGCAUGAAGAGAUCCCCCUGGCUAACAGCAAUGAUGAUCAUGCAGAAGACACAGCAGCCCUACUGCUUGACAAGGUUGUCCCGGAUGAUGAUGAUGAUGAUGAGAUGCUCCAACUAUUCCAGGGUCAUAAUUAUGAUGGUUGGGGUGGAGCUGGGGCUGGUAUUCUAUCCAUUGGCACAUUUGGGCUCGACAAAACUCUGGGCAUCAAUAUUCAUCCUGAACCAAAUAAUAAGGAGUUUUUCGGGCUGAGAGGUAAGGAUGACGAUCAAGAACCGGAAUCAGAAGAUGACGACGACCGACAACGCUGUGACGAGGAGGAGGAGUCUGAUCAUCAUGAUGAUGUGGAAGAUGAUAAUGAUGAAAUCGACUGCGAAGAAGAAUGGAACCCUUUGGUGUACGACAAAAGUGGUGCUCAAAGGCCAAUCAAUGCUUCUGCCCUCGUCAUCGGCAACAGCAGCAUUCAUAAUGAUGCCAAACCUGUGCGUCCUCCUCCAGGUAACCUCCAGCUGCAGCCGGACACCCCUGAUCACGACGACGAGCACAUUCAUAGCAACUACUCCAGCUACAGGAGGAUCAUGAUCAACACCAAGAAGGAGAAGGAAAGAAUCACUCUGGCCGACCUGUUUUCCGCUGAUUCUGAUGAUGCGAUUUGGAUGGACGGGACUGCCAAAAACAACAUCCCAAGUUGUGAUUACUUGCAAGCGCAGUGCAUCAAGAACCAAGCCGCCAGUGCCACUCCGCACCCUCCUGACCGUGCUAAACCCAAGAACGGAACGUUACUGUUCCCCAAGAAACUCAUCCCUCUGGUCAAACAAGAUUCACGUCCCAUUCAGAAAUUGCACGGGCUGAUGAAGAGGAUGUUGAAGAGAAAAAUUCACCCGGACGUUGUGGCAGCUGGGAAGAACAACGCCUGCGCUGCCAAUGAAUCGGUUUCCCUUCUUCAAAGUCAAGAUAAAAACAUGUGAGCUGUGAGCAAAGCAGCUGCCUACCAUGUCUCAGGAGAUCCUCUACUUUGCAGCUCUCUUAGAGAACAAGUAUCAAUUUAAUCUACCUUUGGUGAUUUCUGUCAUGACGAGAUUAAUAGUCUUUUGUGAGUUUAGUCACUUCAAUCGCUUUGAAAAUGCUGUGUCAUUCGAACAUCUUAUUUGGGUUAUUUGCUUUAGCUGCCGGUAUUUGGUAUGAACAGAUGGCGUUUGUUGUCAUGCAUCUGUACGUAUGAUAUAUAUUCGCUUGUACUUCCUUUUU